UGAAAUUGAUAGUCGAAACCACUGGUUGUUUAGGAAGGGAUAAACGUUGUUUGGCCUCUCCAAUGGAGUGAUGAUGGCCUAAGUCUACGCACUUCUCACGCCAGAUUCCCUGUUCCUCUGUAUUCCUCUAAUCCGGAUCGGUCGCUCGGUCGCUCGCAGUGUUGUGCAGACCAUUCAUUGGACGUUCAAGCUCAUCGGUGAAUUAUCUUAUGCAAAUCACUUGCGGCAUUUUCCAAUUGUCGGCCUGUUUUUUGUUUGCUUAGCGGAUUGAUCUGGAACGUCCUCGACCAUGUCAGACUCAGAGUCAUCCGCGAUAUCCAAUAAUGCUUCUCCUAAUCCGAAUCCCUCUCCGGGACAACAGAACUCAAUGCCUCAGCUAGAGACACUCAUCUCGCAUUUGGUUGCGGCGAAACGCUCCUUGUCAUCCAUCAAUCAUGUCUGGCGUGCUAAUGAGAUCGUCACGGCCGCUCGCUCCGCAUUGGAAGAGAGUGUUGUAGUCUCGGCGCGAACGGGCUUCCUUCGCCGGGGGCUGAAUAAUCAGCUACGCCUUCUGUAUAAUGUCCGUACCGAGGUUCAGGAGGUCUCCCUGCGCGGCCGGUCAGAGUUCGCUACCGUGCUAAAGAGCCUUGAUGUUGCGGACGCGAGACUGAGAAAGACGUUGGACUUAUUGCGAGAAACCAUUGUCCACGCGUCAUUCCGCCCAGAAGGUGAAGAAUCCAAAAGCUUACAUGACUUUGUGGAUGAGCGUGGGGUAGAAGAGCUACAUACAACCCUCAAAGGCGCAAUUGAUCGGACCAAUGCCGCUCAGGCGGACCUAGAAUCGUCUAAUCGCGCUUUUGAUGAUGAGUUGCAAUCUAUCAAAGAAGCACUCGGCAAUUACCGGGCAGCAACUCAGCUCGCGUCGUCCCGAACGUCCGCCUCUUCGUCAUCACCAUCGACGUCCAACGCUAGCUUGCCGUCUCUCUCGUCAAUUCCAUCCAUGCUGCAUUCCCUUGAGAUGCAUGCCCAAGAAAUGGCUAACCUGCUUGAGUCGUUAGUCCGCCACUUUGACCUCUGUGUGACAGCGGUCAAGCACACCGAGGGUGGGGGAGCAGCUGCCCGAUCCAUUACCGGUGACGUGCCCGCUACGGUGCAUGUCAACGGCCGCGUUGGUCCCAAUAUCGAGGAAGGCAUCAAUGCCAACUUGAAUGCCCCACUUGACCCACUAAGUGACUCGGAAUAUCAAGAAAUGGUAAGCGUGCUAAUCAAGGAUGCGGCCGAGGCGGAGGAUGUGGUAAUGGAGAUUCAAGACCGGAUUGGCGAGAUGGAGACGGUGUUGGAAAAUGUAUUAGCCCAGCGGGAUAGUGUCCUGUCUGUAUACCAAGCGACUACAAAUGUCUUCAAACACCUGUCAACACUCGCCUCUACCCGGUUAUCGGGUUAUAUAGCCCAGGCGCACAGCUUUACUCGUGUCUGGCACGAGGAGUAUGAGCAAAUACAGAGUGGCUUGGCCGAUCUGUCGGACCUCAACACACUAUAUGACGGCUUCCUGGAGGCGUACGACGGGCUUAUCCUCGAGGUAGCGCGCCGACGGCAAGUGCGGCACCGGGUGGAGAAAGUUCUCCGCGACGCCAAACAAAAGCUUGAUCAGUUGUAUGAGGAAGACGUGAAUGCCCGCGAGACAUUCCGCGUAGAGCAAGGGGACUACCUCCCGUCGGAUAUCUGGCCUGGAAUUGGCCGAGAGCCAAUGCGGAUUGAGUUCCGUCGUAUAUCGGGGGGUAACCUGAAAGGCAUAGCUGCGGAGCCCCCUGACCAAGAAGCCCCAGCAGUGGAGCCCAAAGAAGAAGUCCGGGCUGUUUCCUCCGGGGAUGGUGAGGAACACGGUGAAAUCAUUCCGGAACUCCCAAAGGCUCUUGUUGAGGAUGCUAUCGCUCGAUUCAAUGCCCGAAUGCGACAUCUUCCCUAAUCACCAGUUGCGCCAUGCUUAGAUAGCUACCAAUUCCUUUCCUUGUUGCAGCCUUAGGUUUGAGAUGCGACCUUUUCAAAUUGCCCAG